AAUCAAGAACAUCAUAAUCAAGGUUACACAAAGUUGCAGUUGUUGCAACGUAACCUCAGGCGACUCACCUGCAAUAGAUUUCCAAAGAGCCAGUGUCUCGGAGGCCCAGGGAACGCUUCAGCAGUUCGCAACGCCUUCGCCCUCUGUGCAAGCGAUAGACUCAACUUGUAGACGACGAAAACGAUGCAAACAAGAGCAAACAAGUGGUGCAGGUGAGCCAGCUGGAACUUCACGAAAGCCGCAGUCAGCUCCAUUCCGCCUGCGAUGCUCGUGAGACGCGCUCUUGGGAGAAACUCAACACAGGCUGACCUUCAGGGCACAACUACAGUGUGUAGAGGCAAACAGUGAAGUGUUGAUGGGCGUGACGGAGCUGCCAUUGGAUCAUGCGAUGGAUACGCGGUAGGUGGAGCAUCUGCCCCGGCCCCUCAAUCAGAAGCAGCUACAAAUGCCCUACAGUACCAACUGGAAAGUCGAGCUGUGAUACCAUGUCAACAUUUCAGAAGAGAUUCUAUCACUUUAGGAUGGUUUUACAAGAAACAAGAAAGGAUUGACAGAGUACAGACAUUAUUGCAAGAAAAGUCAGGAAUAAGAAGAUAUGAUCCAGUGUUUCAAUCCAGAAUGGAGCUCCUGAGAAACGGUUCUCUGGUCAUUGGUUGUUUAACUGAAGAGGAUCAAGGCCUUUACUGGUGUAAAGUUUGUUUUCAAGAUGAUUGUCUGGUGGAGCAGCCCACAGUCAUCAGUAUAAAGAAAGAAAUUCACAAAGAAACCCAUAAGAUGUUAUUCAUUCCAGCUGGAGUGAGUUUUACGCAUGCAUGUCCAAGUGAAUUACCUAAUUUAAAAUGGACUUUUAAAGCCAGUGACACAACUGCAGACAGAGACCCACUACAGGAAGGGCCAUUAUACUCAGUUACCUCCAACAAGUCUUUGAAGAUUUUAAAUGUCAAAACACAAAACGCUGGUCAGUAUACGUGCUCGAUACGUGGAUGUAACGGACGCUGGAAGCAGCUUCUUAUCCUCAACUUGUGUGUGAUUACAGUGCAUCACAAUGAGGAUUCGUCUGAUUCUUGUGCUGUGGUGUGCGAUAUAGAAUCCAGUUACAUCGAACCAAACAGCACAUCAAAUGUGCACACAGGCACAAGGAUUCUAUCAGUGUCCAGAGCUCCAAAUGGGUCUUUAAAUUGCAGGACGACACCGAUAUUUGUCAGAGACAGUGAGGUUAACGGCACUAGCAGAUCAGCAAAGGAUGUAGACAACACAACAGGCACAGAGUCUGAGCUGAUUCCUGUUGUUUAUGCAGCAUCAGCACUUCUUGUAUGUCUUAUUUUAAUGGCACUUUUAAUUUGGUAUCUCACACCAAGGCUACAGAGAGUGUAUCCUAUUCAGCCUUAUUGCUGUGGCUUGAAUCACAGGGUGGAAGAGGAGAACCCAGUGGUUUAUUCAUCCAUCAUCAUCCGGAGAUAUGCUGACACAGGAAUCACAAUGGCUCAAGAUAACCCUGUGUAUAGUGAAAUAAGAAGAUAGGUUAACUAAAAUCUCAAAUUAUGACGUCCAACUGCCACGGUAGUCCCCACUCACACCAUAUUGAUGAGGAUUUUUGGUUCCUUUAGAAGAAGUAUUUGUGACUUCCCCAGAUGGAAAAUUUGAAGCAUUUUUUCUCUUACGAAUAUAGAAAUGUUCCACUGAGUGCAGGGACUGAAGAGCCUGACAAGAGUUGAACUAUUCUUUUACAGCCCCUUCACCUGCUUUUUUCACCCGAUACUAUAUAGAAAAUCCUCUCACUUCCUGUACCGUCACUUUUUCUGCCAUCAUAACUUCAAGAGACACGCCAAAAUAUCUUUACUGGUCUGAAGUAUUUAAGUGUUAAACUUUGAGCUUGAUAGUAAUAUAUGAAUGUUUUUUUAUUUUAAAAAAUAUGUAAGUUAUGUUUACUGCUUCUGUAUUUAUAGUGUAUGAGGAGAAAAGUAGACGUAUACAUUUUUGCACCUUGCUUUCUGUAAGCAUAUAUUUGUGGUACUGUACUGUCCUUGAGUAUUUACAUUGAAUGGAAAUAUGGCACUGACAUUGGUUCAAAAGUUAUCUUGUUCCUUUGUUUGAUAGACAUGAGUACUCAACUGAAUAUCAAGAAGGUAAAACCAGUGAAAUAUUAAACACUGUAAU